AUGGCCGAAAUGGGUGGUGCAAGCGAGGCACAAAUCCGGCGCUUGGGCCACUGGAACAACCAAGCAAUGGAAGGUUGCUACCUUACCAAACUACCCCGCUACCUUACCAAACUACCCCGCGAAGCAAUGCGCGUCAUGGCUGGGUUCAGUCCAGACCCUCGCCUCUACUACCUCGAGCGUGGACAAGUGGAGCCCGACCAAGAGCUCCAAGCGCUUGUGUUUCCAGACGCCGCCAACUGGCUCGCAAAGCUCAAUGACGGCAAGUGCGAGGCCACUAUCGCGGCUAGAGGCUUCCUUGAGCUCCUAAUGCAUCUUCGUGUCGUGCUUCUCCAAGACUCUGUCCUCCUCAAGAAGCUCUACCCCGCGCACCCGAUGUGGAGUGCGCCUCUCUUUUCGCACCCGCUUUACACCGCCUUCGAGAUCAAGAUGGAACACUUGUUGAUCGACACGAACCACAAGGCGCUCACGACCUCCAUGAACUUGGUCACGUCUGGUCUCGAAGACGUCCGCGCCGUCGUGAACAACCUGCGCACCGACGUGGCGGCUCAAGGUCAAGUGAAAUGGAACCCGACGGCGCACCUCGGCAGUCUCCCCCACGAGCUACCCAAAAGCCCUCAGCCAAGCCCUCCACCCAGCCCACCACGACCGCAAGUGCCAUGA